AUGAAUUCAUCAAGAAUAAAACUUGAGACUGACCAUUACACGGAUUUCAUCUCAAUAUCUUCACAACAUGAAAAGGAUAAACUUGUUCAGGAUGAUGCAGUCUGGAUUAUCACAAGCAGUUUUAUUAUUUUUACUAUGCAUUCAGGUUUUGGGCUGCUAGAAAGUGGUAGUGUUUCGACUAAGGAUGAAGUUAACAUAAUGGUAAAAAAUGUGGUUGAUGUAGUUUUUGGUGGACUAUCAUACUGGGCAAUCGGCUAUGGGUUAAGCUUUGGCGAUGCUUCAGGAUUUGAAAAUUCUUUUAUUGGGUGGGGUAAAUUCUUCUAUGAUCCUACAAGGGAUGAUAAUAAGGCACUUAAAGAAGGGUGGGCAUAUGCAUCAUUUCUUUUCCAGCUGAGUUUCGCUACUACUGCUUCAACUAUUGUGUCAGGUGCUGUGGCGGAGCGAGCAAAACUAAAAUCUUAUAUUUUACUAGGUUGUUUUGUGAUUUUAAUCCAAGCUUUGCCAGCUCAUUGGAUCUGGGAUCGAAAUGGAUUCUUUUUUGCAUUAGGAGUUGUUGACUUUGCUGGGUGCUCAGCGGUACACAUGGUUGGUGGCAUGAUAGGUUUAAUGGCAACUAUAUAUUUGAAGCCAAGAAGAAAUCGCUUUUCAAAAGAUUCUGUCCAUCAAAUGAGUUCACCAACAAAUGCGUUAUUGGGCACAUUUAUGCUAUGGUGGGGUUGGUUUGGAAUAAAUUCUGGCUCUGCAUGGGGUAUCACUAAUGGAAGAUGGAGAUUAGGCGCUAGAGCAGCAGUAGCAACAAUAAUGAGUUCAAUAGGUGGAGGUGCCACGUCUAUUGUUGUUAGCUUUAUUAAAACUAAAAAGCUUCAAAUUAAUUUUUUGAUAUAUGGGUUACUCUCAUCGAUUGUUGCUAUCACAGCAAUAUGUGCUGUAGCAAGACCUUGGCACGCAUUAGUAAUAGGUUCGGUGAGUUCAGCGAUUUCAAUAUCUAUUUUGCCAAUUUUGGAAAAGCUAAAAAUCGAUGAUCCAGUUGGAAUAGUACCGAUUCAUUUAACGUCGUCACUAUGGGGUAUGUUUGCAGUUGGCUUAUUUGCUGAAGACGAUCGCUUUCUGUCAGUUACGUAUGGUCAAUACGGGUUGUUUUAUUCGGGCAAUCUUAAUUUAUUGGGCAAACAAAUGCUUUGUUCAUUAACAAUUAUUGUUUAUAGCGCAGUAAUCGGCUUAGCUGUUUUAAUGGGAUUGGGUAAAAGCCCUCUAGGAUUACGGGUCACGGAUUAUGAAGAGCAAAUUGGUGCUGAUGCAGUCGAGCAUGGACUAGCAGGCCAAAAUGUCGCUCGCUAUCAUAUCGAAAAGCCAAUCAGUAAUAAGACUUUUGCGACUGUCACAAAAGCGAUAACCAAAUGGAAAUUAUUAACUCGUAGAAGUCGAAUGCUAAGGCAACAAAGACUGCAACAAAUGAUGGAGAAAUCAGAAACCAACCUGAAUGAAUUACGCAAAAGGAGUGCAUUUGCUUUAGAUGCAGAAGCAUUAGAGCCAAAUGGCUCAAAUAAUUACUGUACUCGAAAUAUAAAAGUCUGA